AUGACCUGCAAGCAUUCGUGAACACAUACAGAAUAUUAUACUUACAAGCUGUAUGGCUUAAUAUGCGAUUAUAGAAGACAUUUUAUAGCAUAUACAUGGGAUACGAAUAAUUGGACUGAAUAUAAUGAUCUCAUAACAAGAAAUGCUAGCUUACAAUCUAUUGACAUGUCACAUGCAUAUCUAGCUUUUUACGUGAUCUCUCAUAAAUAA